UUUAGUUAUCCAUCCGAUCAAGUGUAUACGCGUCCUUUUGAGCGGAUUACAAAAGGUAUAAACCACCCCUAACAAGCGGAUUAGAUUUUUAAUCAGAUUGGCACUUUUUAGUCCGAUUGAGGUGUUUACAUGGGAUAUUUUUAUUCAGAUUGAUCAUUUAAACGGAUUACAAAUGUCCAUGUAAACGCAGCUACUGUCGCUUGUCUUCUCUCUUUUGAUGAUGUGAUUAAAUCUGUCACUAAACUGAACGAAAAGAUGGAGGAUUUCUGUAAAGAAGAGAUUGAAAAGAUAUCUGAGAAAGUUUCAUUCACUGACAUUUUUCACAAUGAGCCCAAGAUCAGAGCGGAGUUCCUACAAUAUUUCAGUCUCUUCUCUCUGGAUCCAAACACAGCACACAGAUGGAUCUGUCUGUCUGAGGAGAACAGAGCGGCUGCUUGCACUGACACAGAUCAGCCGUAUCCUGAUCAUCCAGACAGAUUUGAUGGUUGUCUUCAGGUGUUGUGUAGUGAGAGUGUGAGUGGACGCUGUUACUGGGAGAUUGAAUGGAGUGGUUAUGGUGUGUUUAUAUCAGUGUCAUAUAAGAACAUCAGCAGGAAGGGAAAAGGUCUUGGGUCUUUAUUUGGACGCAAUGAUCAGUCCUGGAGUUUGUUCUGUUGUCCCUCUGGAUGUUCAUUCUCUCACAAUAAUAUAAACACAGAUCUCCCAGUAGUGUCCAGUAAAAUAGGAGUUUAUGUGGAUCACAGUGCAGGAUCUCUGUCCUUCUACAGCGUCUCUGACACAACGACCCUCAUCCACAGAGUCAACACCACAUUCACUAAACCUCUCUAUCCUGGGUUUUACUUAUAUAACAGCUCAACAGUGAAACUAUGUCAUCUAACAUUAUAAAUGAUUCAUGUUCACUAGUAUAUAUAUAUAUAUAUAUAUUAGUAUAUAAGUGUCACCUAAACCAGUUUAUAUAAUUUAACAAAUCAAAAGACAAAUGAUCAUUUAAAGUCUAUACAUAUAUAUUGUUUCAUUCUUAUAGCUUUGAUAUUUUUCUGUCUAGAUUGUCUGUCUACUUUCAAACGCAUUGAAAUGCAAAAUCUUAGACACGUCUUAGACAAAUUUCGGUGCUUUUGGGUAUAAAUCAUCAGUCCUUCUUAGACAAAUUUACACAGAAUUUCUAUUUCUACUUUUUCUUCUAUUUCUACUCUUUUCUUGGUGUUUUUGGUCUAAAAACUAGACUUAUUUUCUUAGGUCAUUUUGCUCAUCAAGAAAAAGCAUCUUAAUUUAAGAAUUUUUUGAUAUUUUUACUGAAAACUAGACAAAAAUACUUAGAUUUUUUUGCAGUGUACGACUGUUUUUUUGGUGCAGGGACACAUAUGUUGCGUUGUGUGUUUAUGAUGUGUUUUCUUUUACAUAUGUAAUGAAUUUCAUUGUAAUCAUUGACUUAACAUGCUGCUGUUUUCUACAGUAUGGUGCUUUGGCACUGUUCGGUUCAGCUGGUGUUGCAGGGACUGUUAUAUGUGUGCAGUUGACAUUGUUGAGGGUUUUAUGCUGAGUAUUUAGUAUUUGAGUAUUUUUACACAUUUUUGAUGCGCCGUUUUUCAAUAUUUUUCCCGUCCUGCUGUAAUGUUUUUUCAUCUGAUCUUUUGUCCCCACCACUUUUCAACACAAACUGACGCCCCUGGAUAAUCCAAAAUAUUGAUUAGAAUUAUCCUCGUUUACAACAUACAUUGAAUACAUUCAGUUGUGUAGUUUUAUCACCUGGAUAUGCGCAUAUUGCACGGAUACUCAUUCUUUCACUUCAUAACGGUUAAGAAUGUUGCUCAACAGAGCGUAUGCAUAGACGUCACUUUUCCACGUGACCACGCCGGAGCACGCAAUGUUAAGUGGCAAACAUUCAACAAAACGGCUGCUUUUCCAAUAACAAAUCUAUUCGAGCACUAUUUUUAAAGGACAUUGUUACCAAAUCUUGCUCUACUGCCUAUUGGGCUAAGUUUGUUAAUGACCUUGAUUGGAAAAAUUUUUGGUUAUUACCUCAUAAAUUCUUUGUAAGGUCAAAGAAAUCUCUUUUUUACGUUAAUACACAAAUUUUACCCUGUCAAGCAUUUUCUAAGUAAUUUUAGGAAGGACAUUGAUGUAAGCCAGGUGUUCUUUUUGCUCUUUACACUUGGAAACGGUACCCCAUAUUUUUUGGCACUGUAGUCAUGUGAAAAAGUUAUGGCAUGAGAUGUCGUUGUUUAUUAAGGAAAAGGUACUUUUUAAUUUUGUUUUGCUUUUUGAAAAUGUAGUUUUUGGUUAUUCAAAAUAUGAAAAUUGUGUGAUAAAGGAGGCUUUUGUAAUCAAUCUUUUAAUAUUAUUAGUCAAAUUUCAUAUUCAUAAGUGUAAGUUUUCUAACAAAAAGCCACUUUUUUCUGUAUUCCUGAAAGAAUUUAAAAAUAAUUUUUCCACAAUUCAAUCUAGUACUAAUAGAAAAUCUAUGAAGACUGUUCAUUUAUGUACUGUCUGUAAAAUCUUUGACUGAUGUAAUGGUCUUGUAGUUUAUUUUAUUAUUUUUUUGUGUGUGUAUGUUUUAUUUGCUCCCCUGGCUCUAAAGUUGUAUACUGUAUCAUUCUGUUGUUUAAAGCAAUAAAAAAAUGGCUGGUUUUCAUUGCGAAAUUGCUGCGAAAUCACCAGUAAAACAGACUAUUAUCAGCUUAAAUAUAAUUUAGUUGGACUUCACUUGAUAGCAGAGGUGGACAAUACUAAGUUACAUUUUCCUAGCAUCUGUGCUUUAUUAGGGUCUUGGGAAAAAAUUACUUCACUACAUUCUAAAGCAUAGAAUCAUACUGUGUAUUCUUUGAUAUUGCAUUUAAAAAUGUAUUUAAUAUCUAACUACAUUAAAAUUAUGCACUUUUACGUGAGUGAAAGUAAGUAAAUGUAAAUAUUAAAUGUAAAACAAAAACUUGUAUUUAUGAAAUGUAAUAAAGUAAAAAAUAUGAUAAUAUGCUUUGGAAUGUAUGUUUUUCAAAGAAAAACACGGAUAAAAUACAAAUACUUGAAAAAACACUUUUAAGUAGAAAGUAAAAUACAUAUUUUUAUGAUUAGUUGACAAAAUGUUAAGAAUUAAACAUGUAUCUAUCACUUAAACUUACUUGGAGCUAAUGUGCUUUGCAUAGGCAUAUUUUGCCAUAAAGGACUCGGGAAGUCAAGAGAAAUUGAGGCUGUUAAAAGAUUUAAUGAGCUGGACAUUUGUUCAAAUAUCUAAAGAAGGUACAGUAGUAUUUCAAAAAGAGUGUCAGUCCAUGUGUGACAACCUAGGCUGCAAAGAAAUAAUCACCUUUUGUUAUCUUUAGCAGAUCAGCUCUCAUUUCAGCUGUUGUAGGGAAAAUGUUGAAAAAAGUGAUGUUGUAAUUUUGCACUAUUGCUGUUUGUAUGGUGCCUUACUAUGGCCAGCUGGACAAUGUGCAGAGCUCCAACUCCAUGUCCAUUGUAAAGGUUUGUCCUGAUGUGGAGGAUUUUACCUGAAAUAUCUUCUCUCCAACCUAACAGCGACAUGAAGACAUAAAAUAGACAUACUGAAUGUUUCUAAGAAUUCAAAGGAAAGACUUGCAUUCUUGUAGAGAAUGAUCUUGCCAGGCUUUGAAGAACAAACUCAGAAGAACACAAAACACGUCAUGAGUUGCACUGUCAUCUUGUUCCUCAACUGACCAUCUUAGUACACUUUAAGUAAUCGGACAGCAUCACCAGAUCCA